AUGCCGCAGAGCAACUGUGCUUCCAACGACUUCCCAGGUGCCAGAUUGGGGUUAAUCAGGGUCGACACCUGUCGUUGUAUGGCAUUGACAGACGGCCGUUCAGCAAAGAAAGGAGGAAGCAGACGGAGUCAGUGGACGGGGUCAGUGGACGGAGUCAGUGGACGGAGUCAGCAGCUGGCGAACGGAAUACUCGUCACCCUACUCCGCCACCUGUCAUCACUGUCAUCACUCGCCUAAUAGAUUCCAGAAGCCUUCCCACCUUUUGUCAACGUUAUGAUUGUGCUCGGGUUAUUGCCCAGUAUACAUCGUCUCCUCGAGGCUAUCCUUGGAGGAAUUUGCUAUCCAGCAAGACUUCUGACUCACCCGAGAUUCUCCUCAAGGAGACAGUUGACCAUCAAUACUGUUGGGAUACUCGAGGGCGGCUUGGCAUAUCCCUUUCUCAGUUGGCAACGAUCCAUAAGAUUACGGUAGAGCAUAGCCGCCGCGACGCAACGACGGUACCCAAAUAUAUUCGAGUUUGGGCUAUUAAUGGAGUAGAAAGAGUAGAUCCGUCACAUGCUCCCGCAGGUGGUCUCCCUUUCGGUUCUAACGCUAGUCCCAGAUUGCCUUUCAUCUCCCUCAUUGCAUCAUUCACUUAUGAUGCGGCGACAGCGGACCCAGCUCAAAACUUCACUUUUUCAAGCGUGUUUGGGCCAAUAAAGGAAGUGACGGUCUUAGCCGAAUCUAAAGUGAUUCUAGCGGGCCGGAUCAAAGAUUUGUUGCCACCACGUGCCAAGUCAAACCUUCGCUUGUUGGAAGCGACUCAACCAGCUCUGCAAAUCUACACAGGGUGCAACAUGGGUAGAAGUCCGCUGGUUGAUCACCUUCGUGACCGCAUUCAUGGACUACUGUCUCCAUACUCGACAGAAGAUUUUGUAUGGUUCUUCAUGAUAGCCAUAGUGGAAGCGCUACUUGUCCUCGUAUACCAUCUACCUUCGCUACCUCUCGAACGUCCAUCUCGCACAAGUAACGGCAUACUGCCCGAAUGUCCACUGAUUUACAGGCAUAUUCGUGAGGAACGAUUCGGCAAAACAAGUUUGGGACUAUCUCGAGAUCGUAUAUCAGGCCGUGUUGAGCACCAGCUUCAAUAUGACAAUCGCAUCUCCCGAAAGUCUUCUGUGCCUAUACUCGAGAGAAAGUCUGUAUAUUCUCAAUAUAUGUCUAGUUUCCGUCAUAUGCACAACCCUCGACCACCUCAUGUAUUGGGAUCUGGAAAUGACUUUACGACUGCCAACCUGACUGCGCCUUUCAAUCUCAUAUUCACUGGCAACACAGGGAUCUUACGUACUGCGAAUCAGCUGCAGCCUUUAGGACCAAAGAAACAAGUGAGGUUCGACCUGAAGCCAAUGCCAUCCGAACGUAGCCACCCUACGGAAGAACCCAACAAUAUAACCGGAUCAGUAUUGAACGGCAUCACCCAAGCUGAUAUUGGUAGGAAGCGACGUCGAAUUUCUAUCCAUAGACGAUCUCUUGACGAAGAUUGCCCUCUCGAUGAGCAUUCUACUCUUGAUGAGAAUUCUACUCUCGACGAGAAUUCUACUCUUGAUGGAGACUCCGGCUUUUCAGAUAACGAAACGUCACAUGCCUCAGAAGUCGUUAACAGAUCAAUUGGUUCGAU